AUGGCUUUCAAAUUUGUAACAUUCUGCACACUUUUGGCUUUGGCCAAUGCUGGUUAUGCUCCUCUCGUAACUAAAGUAGUUAAUCCUUCGGUUGAUGCUGUUGCUUCAACUCAAGAAAAUGUUGUACGCUCCUUUGCCGGCACCGUUUCGCAUCAUUCCAAAUCGGUGAAUACUCCCUAUUCGAGUUUCAACAAAGUGGACACCCGUAUCAACAAUAAUGUUUACACCCCCGCUGUCGCCAAGACAGUUUCCUAUGCUGCCCCUGCUGUAACAAAAACAGUUUACUCUCAUGAAGCUCCUGCUGUAUAUGCCCAUUCUGCUCCAGCUGCCGUUACUAAAACCGUUUACUCCCAUCCUGCUCCAGCUGUAUAUGCUCAUGCUGCUCCAGCUGUAUAUGCUCAAGCUGCCCCAGCUGUCUACGCUCAUGCUGCCCCAGCUGUAGCUAAAACUGUAACUUAUGCUGCUCCUGCAGGUACCACCACUUACAAUCAUGGACCUUCGGCCACCACCUACACUCACAAUGCUCCCGGUGUAAGCAGCUAUGGUACCAGCCAAACUGUCCACUAUUCACCCGCUGAAAUGGUCUCUCACAUGAGCUUUGAUGGUUUCGGUACUCAUUGGGGAUUCUAA